CCUGUCCCGACUUCCCUUCACGACACCACGUGCUCGUAAGCUUUAUAUUCGAACACUUGGGCCCGCCAGCAGUUAGUAUAACGCGUGAAAAGCACCAAACUCGAUUAUAUAUGCUUAAAAUCGUCGUCAACGUUUAAUCGCGCAAUAUAUUUUUAUUUAUUAUUUUUUUUUUGUUAUUCUUUUUACUACGGCCACAUAAUAUCAUACGGUCUGUCGUUGGAUAAUAUCUUGACGGAUAUCGAAACAGAACAUUUUAUUAAACACCGUUUUUCUCGAUAAACAAGCACACGAAUAAACGUAAAUAUUUACUAUAAUGGGGUGCGGUGGUUCGACAAUGCCAAUGCCUAUGCCGAACGAGGAAUUCAGCAAAAUGAGAUUGGAAAUACCAUCACCUAUAGCAUUUAGCGUUCCGUUGACCGAAGAAGAAGAAAGCGUCGUGAAAAAACAUCCGCCAAAGAGACUGAGAAUGUUGGAGGGACAACAAUCACCACCGUUAACUCACGAAAUGCUAUUGGAGAAACUAGCGGACGCCGAAAAUAGACGACAGCAGAUCUUAAGCCAGAGGAUAGAGUCGGCCAAGACGCUGAUGCGGCCACGAUACAACAGCGCUAAUAAGAUGAACGUCGACGAAGCGUUGGUGGAGGAUAAGGACGACGUGGGCGACGAUUCUUAAAAAAAUAAUAAUUAUUACGCCUAUUUAAUAUUAUUUAUAUACCAUAAAAUAUGUCCAUAAUAUUUUACUGUUGUAUCGUGUAUUAGACAAAAACGAUACUGUUGUUCUGUUUACAUAUAUAUUUAUAAUAAUUAUUAAUUGUUAAUUCUGAUAUUGUAUAUUUUAGCCUCGUUUACCUAUUUAA